CAACUAUAAAGAGGGAAGCCCAAAGCCAAAAUGGAGUUUAUGACCAUGAUUACUGAGCUAUAGCUUCUCUUUGUAGCUUCUGUUUAGUUUAUGGCAAUUGCGCAGCAACCAUGAACCUCGUGACCAACGAUAACAGUACCACCACUGUCAACGCCACCGUCUCCACCACCAAGGAUAACCACGAACACGACAUGGUUAUGCCUGGCUUUCGUUUCCACCCUACUGAAGAAGAGCUCGUUGAGUUCUACCUUCGCCGUAAGGUUGAGGGCAAGCGUUUCAAUGUAGAGCUAAUUACUUUCUUGGAUCUUUAUCGCUAUGACCCUUGGGAACUUCCUGCUUUGGCAGCAAUUGGAGAGAAAGAAUGGUUUUUCUAUGUGCCUAGAGAUAGAAAGUACCGAAACGGCGAUCGACCUAAUCGUGUAACUACAUCUGGCUACUGGAAGGCAACUGGAGCUGACCGGAUGAUCAGAACUGAGAACUCAAGGUCAAUUGGUUUAAAGAAAACCCUAGUUUUCUACUCUGGAAAAGCUCCUAAAGGAAUCCGAACAAGCUGGAUCAUGAAUGAAUAUCGCUUGCCACAGCACGAAACUGAAAAAUAUCAGAAGGCUGAGAUAUCACUAUGCCGAGUUUACAAAAGAGCUGGAGUGGAAGAUCACCCAUCUCUUCCCCGUUCCCUUCUGUCGAGAGGAUCUCAAUCUGACAAGAAACAUCCUCAUCAACUUUCCAUGGAAAGAUUUCAACCUUACGGGGGAGGAAUACAAUCGGAGCAAAUAGAGAUGGAGAAGAUGCGUGAAAGAGAUGGAAGUAGUAGCUCAGAUGUCACUACUGCUUUAGGAAUCUCCAAUACUACUAAUACUUACCAUCCAGUGCCUCCAAUUAGUACCUCACUUGGAUUACCAACUGCAAUGGAGGAAGAAAUAUUUUCAGACCAGUAUAGACAAGCUUGCUCUUUAGUCCCCAGUAACACCAACCUUUUCACGGGCGGCCCGUCCUCAGCUUCGUCUAACCAAGUAGAUGAUCUCCAUAGACUAGUAAAUUAUCAGCAAGCUUGUCGCAGCAACCAGCAGCAGCAGCAAAGACUACAACAUUACACUCAACAUCAUCACCAGCAACCUUCACCGUUCUCUGUCAUGGCACCACAAUCGCAGACCCUACCUUUCAACGUGCUAACAAACUCACUGCCUACUGCCUUUCAGGAGAGACUGUGGGACUGGAACCAAAUGCCAGAAGAAAAUAAAGAAUACAACGCUAGCAGUCAAUUCAAGUAAUCAAUGAACUGCAUAUAUACAUACACACUCAUAGAUUAACUAAUUGUACUUUAAUGUUGCUGGUGAUGAUCAUAGUUAAUCCACAUAUGUAUGUGUAGGUUCCUUCCAAUUAUCAACUUUAAUUAAUGUCGUUAGCUUUUGGAUUGACUGAUAUUGAUUAAUGUAUAAUAUGUUUCUCUUAGGGUUGUUAUGACUCGAGGAGAAGUUUGUUUUAGCCAUGAAGUUUGAGGAUUCAGAAUAAUGGAUAUUUUCCCAA